GUGGGAUGAAGAAAGGCGAUUUGCAUCUUUUUGAACCAUUCUUUUUGAGGAAGCACUUGGCGCAGGAUACAGUAAAUGGGAGAAACACGAUCUGUUCUUCGUCCCAAUUUGGGGGGAGAGACAACAAUAUGUUGUCUGCUUUGAUGUGCCGAAUGGCAAGAUGAAUAUUAUUGACCACACCCUGGCUGAGCAGCACGCAUCGUUCGCCGACAAAUAUGGGAACACGCCAUCUAUGCUGCGGAAGUUCUUGGCUGACGCAAUUGAUAAGUGCAAAGACUCAAGACUGGCUGAUUUGAUACGAGGCUGCACUACACAUGUAGUUGCAAUGCCGUGGCGGAACAACCUGUCCAUAAUGGAGGGUGGUGUGUACGUCAUGCGUCACUUGGAGACGUACUUUGGAGAGAAGGAGAAAGAGUGGGAUUGCGGGCUGACCGCGAAGGGAAGCAAAAGUCUAGAAAUGUUUCGAAUCAAGUUCGCAAGGGCGCUACUGACUUCUACUUACAAUGUCCGCGGUGCCGCAAACCAAAAAAAGGCAACCAAGUUCUGGAGAGAUAAACCUGCAAAGUUCAAUUUCGAACAGUGGGUCGAGAAUUAUGGGUUGUAG